AUGAUGGGGGGUGAUGGGGAUGAUAGGGAUAAAGAGGGUUAUGGGGGUGAUGUGGAUGAUGGGGUUGAUGGGGAUAAAGAGGGUUAUGUGGGUGAUGUGGAUGAUGGGGAUGAUGGAGAUGAUGGAGAUGAUGGAGAUGAUGGGGGUGAUGGGGAUGAAGGGGCUCAUGGAGAUGAUGGAGAUGAAAGGGAUGAUGGGAUGAUGAUGAUGGGAUAUAAAGAGGGUUAUGGGGGCGAUGUGGAUGAUGGGGAUGAUGGGGAUGAUGGGGAUGAGAGGGUUAUGUGGGUGAUGUGGAUGAUGGGGAUGAUGGAGAUGAUGAUGGAGAUGAUGGGGGGGAUGAUGGGGAUGAAGGGGCUCAUGGAGAUGAUGAUGAAAUGA